UCUGUGUAUUCAACAAUGGAGACGAACAAUAACUCAAUAAUGGAUGUGAGAUCAGUGGUCGAUGUUAUAUCUUCAGAUGACAAUGACGCUCCUCUUUACCAGGUCGAAAGCCUUUGUAUGCGUUGCCACCAAAACGGCACAACGAGGUUUUUAUUAACUUUGAUUCCGCACUUCAGAAAGAUCUUGUUGUCAGCCUUUGAGUGUCCACAUUGUGGUGAGAGGCUGGUCUAUCUGCAGUUUGCUGGUGAGCUCCAGCCCCGAGGGUGUCAUUAUCAAUUGAACUUUCCACCAGGUGAUCAAAAGAUGCUCAAUCGGCAAGUAGUGAAAACUGACACGGCCACUAUUAAGAUUCCUGAACUGGAUUUUGAGAUUCCUCCAGAGGCUCAGCGUGGAUCUCUGUCAACGGUGGAAGGGAUAUUGUUACGAGCUGCGGAUGAAAUAGAGGCCCUUCAAGAAGAAAGAAAGAAAGUGGAUCCCCAAUCUGCUGAAGCAAUUAACCGAUUCUUGCCAAAAUUGAGGGCUUGUGCAAAAGGCGAGUCAUCCUUUACAAUCAUUCUUGAUGAUCCUGCUGGCAACAGUUUCAUUGAGAACCCGUUUGCUCCAUCUCCGGAUCCUUCAUCGAUAAUUAAGUUCUAUGAACGAACUCCUAAGCAACAAGCGUCACUGGGACGUCUACAACUGGGGUACGUUGUCAACCCAUCACUUGGGGGAGAACAUUGUGAUGAAGCGUUAUUAGAGGAACUAAAUAGUACUGGUGAUCAAACUAGAAGAGAACCACAUGGAUUAAUUGGAGCUACAGCUGGUCAGCAGGCUAUUGCUCAGGGUAAUAGUGCAGAAUUUGCUGAAUCUUUGUUUCGGUACUCUGCACCAGAAGACGUGAUGACCUUCCCAUCAACAUGUGGAACUUGUGCAGCCAAGUGUGAGACUCGAAUGUUUGUCACCAGUAUCCUUCUUAUCUCUUCUGUCAUUGAGAUGUGACAUGGCACUAGUGGUUCUGUUUUUAUACUAC